AUGACGGCGACCGCGUCCGUGUGCCCCGGCGAGCGCCUGCGGUUCGCGGAGGAGUUCCUCCCCGGCCCCGGGACGUACGUCCGCGAUAAGCACGUCCUCGCCGCGGUCGUCGGCGACGCGCGCGUCGUCCCGGCGGCGGACGACGCCGAGGAUCGCCGCCCGACGAUCGAGGUCGUCAGAAGAGGCACCGCCCGCGUCGGCGGGCUGCUGCUGCCGCAGAUCGGAGACGAGGUGUUCGCGAAGGUCACGCGCACGAACCCGAAGCUCGCGAACGUGGAGAUCGUGUGCGUGAACGGGCUGGCGUGCGCGGAUCCGUUCAACGGGAUCGUGCGAGUCUCAGAGAUUCGCGCGAGCGAGACCGCGGAGCUGGACCUGCACGACUGCUUCGUCCCGGGAGACAUCAUCCGCGGACGGAUCAUAUCGUUGGGGGACGCGCGGUCGUACUACGUCAGCACCGCGGAGAACGAGCUAGGGGUGGUCAGGGCGCGGUCGCCGUUCACGGGCGAGCCGAUGAUCCCGGCGCAGUGGGACGAGAUGGAGUGCCCGAGCACGAGGAAGCGGGUGAAGAGGAAGGUGGCGAAGGUGAUAUGA